AGCCAGUUUCGCGUCAAAGCGUGAACGUCAAUGUCAUUCAAUUGUUUUAUUUUCUUUUCAGUGUCGGUUCGGUGUGUUUAUUUUGUUGAUUUUUUGGGUUUCACGAGACGACGUUGUCUUGAAUCGAAUUGAAUUCGCUCUUAUCUUAAUGUUUUAUUAAAUAAUGUUCCUGGUCGUAAAAUUAUUGUGCAUAUUGCUGAUCUAAAUUUAUAAAUGAAAAUGGCUGUGUAUAGAAGAGUGUUGACACGCAUGCUACGUCUCCGUAACUUACUGGUCCUGGCAUUAUUACUCUUUAUCCUGUACAUGCUCAGGUCCAGAAAUGCCCUGGAGCAUCCAGAAAUGCUGGUUUCACAAAUGAUUCACACUAAAGUAUUCAAAAAUGAAAAAGUCUGUGUUCCAAACAGUUCAAAGAAAAUUGACUGGCAUAACUACACUCAAAUAAAUCAUGAACGCAGCCGUAAAGGUAUAGGCGAGCAAGGCCGCCCAGCUUAUUUGUCGGGAGAGGAUGCCGAUUUGGAGAAACGGCUGUACCAAGUGAACGGCUUCAACGGCGCGCUCAGCGACAAGAUACCUCUGAACCGCUCCUUGCCUGACAUCAGGCACCGCGGCUGCGCCAGUAAGCUGUACAUCGAGUGUUUGCCGACGGUGAGCGUGGUGGUUCCCUUUCACAACGAGCAUUGGAGCACGUUGUUGCGGACGGCUUACUCGGUACUCUACAGGUCGCCUGCGCACCUCAUAAAGGAGAUCUUUCUUGUCGACGAUGCUAGUAAUAAAAAUUUCCUACAUAAAAAACUAGACGACUACAUAGAGAAGAAUAUGCCUAAAGUGAAAGUAUUAAGGCUGAAAUCGCGGAGUGGGUUGAUAACGGCGCGACUGGCCGGCGCUGAAAAGGCUACUGGAGACGUUUUGAUAUUCCUGGACUCUCAUACUGAGGCUAACGUGAAUUGGCUUCCGCCUUUGUUAGAGCCGAUAGCGUUAAACUAUCGAACGGUUGUGUGCCCGUUCAUAGACGUGAUAGCUUACGACACGUUGGAGUACCGCGCCCAGGACGAGGGAGCCCGGGGCGCGUUCGACUGGCAGUUCUUCUACAAGCGGUUGCCGGUAUUGCCCAGGGAUGAGGAGAACAUGCCGGAGCCUUUCGAGAGCCCUGUAAUGGCGGGAGGGUUAUUCGCGAUAUCGCGCGCCUUCUUCAACGAGUUGGGGGGGUACGACCCUGGGCUGGAUAUUUGGGGGGGAGAGCAGUACGAACUUAGCUUUAAGAUAUGGCAGUGCGGCGGUCGGAUGUUGGACGCGCCGUGUUCCCGCGUUGGACACAUUUACCGCAAAUUCGCGCCGUUCCCCAACCCCAACCAUGGGGAUUUCGUUGGCAAGAACUAUCGUCGAGUAGCCGAGGUAUGGAUGGACGAAUACGCCCAGUAUUUGUACAAUCGCCGGCCUCACUACCUGUCUAUACCCACCGGUGACCUCACGGAACGAAAAGCUUUGAGGAAGCGGCUGAAUUGCAAGCCUUUCAAGUGGUUCAUGACUCAGGUAGCGUUUGAUCUCACAUUCAAGUAUCCUUUGGUUGAGCCGAAGCCCUACGCGGAAGGAAAAGUUAAACCUCUAUGGAAUAAUAAUUUAUGCAUUGACGCGAACCACGGAGGUCAGUCGGAGGCUAUUCGGCUGAAAGACUGCAGUCAGGGCGCUGAGACUGAAUUCAUCUUCUCUUGGCACAAGGAUAUCAGAGUAAAAGACCGCGGUAUGUGCUGGGACCUUCCCGAUUCCAGGUCGAAGAGUAGCAUCCUCCUGUACAGCUGUCACCUCUCCGGAGGGAACCAGCUGUGGCAGUACCAUCUGGACACGAAACAGAUAAGCCACGGUACACACGACAGCUGCGUGGACCACGAUCCGGUCAAGCGUGAGUUGUACAUUGAGAGGUGUAACUCCACCAGCGUUACGCAGCAGUGGAAGGUGGACAUUAUUAAUUAUGAAGCUAUGAGGAGAUGGCAUGACGAACGGGUAAGACCAACGGGACCUAUAGAAGAUUAUCCUUGAUUUUUUUUUUUUUUUUUCAACUGUAACAUCGUUUGGCAUAGCGUCCGGUAUGUAAGUUGAACAAUAUUCUACUCUAUGGACGCUAGCAGAUUUUUUUUUUUUCACUUCAUAGUAGUGAGCAAAGUCAACACCCGUGUCUGCCCCUUUGUUUGUAUGUAUGCUUAGAUCUUUAAAACUACACGACGGAUUUUGAUGAUGUUUAUUUAAAUAGAGUGAUUCAAGAGGAAGGUUUGUACGUAUAAAUACUGUCUAUGUGAAGCCGGGGCGGGUCGCUAGUAUCAUAUAAAAAAUUGUUAUAUGCUCAUUAUGUCUACUUAAUUGCCGAGUUCUAUUUUAUAAAUAACAUUAUAUAAAAAAAAAGGAAUCCGAUUAACAAUAUACUUCUAAUCUAAAGCCAUACUUGAGCGUAAAAUUUUGAAAAAAUUACUCGUUGCCGGCUUAUUUAGAAUUAAUGCGUACGUUUUAACUAGUCAGAGACAAUUGAAAAUUAUUACACCGCUUGUAUUAUUAUUAUUUUUUUAAUAAAAACGUGAGGCAUAAUAAUAUUUUAUUUUUAAUUUUCCAAAAAAUUGGAUGCUAAAAUUACUUACCUAUCCCUAAAUUGUAUGAACGUGAUAUAAAUUGAUUUAUUAUGCCGCCAAUUAUUAGUAUUUAAUUUAUUAUGCCAUGUAUUAAAGUCAAUAUUAUUAUGAGUUUAAAUUGUAGGUUAGUUUCUAUCAUAUUUAUUUCAAUGAAAAAUAAUUAAGCAAAGUAAAUGUUAUUUUUUUUUUCAAGUAUGCUAGUACAGACGUUACAAUUGAAAAAAAAUAGAAGGUGUUAUAACCCCCUAUAUUCUAUUAAAUUCUAAGUUCCUCUAUAGUAAAGGUAGGUAUAUACAUACAUAUACAUUCUGUAUUUUAAAAAUAAAUUUAAUUUUUAAUAUAAAGCCUAAAAAAUAUUGCAAUAAGUGUACUGUUUUGUGGAAUAUCCUUUUUAUAAGAAAAAAAGAAGAAAUUUUAUUUUUUGUGUAACUGAAUGUUAUCAUAUUUUAAUGUUAUGAAGUAUUUAAGUCUGUGUUAGCUAUUGUUAUAGUGUACGAUCAAACGGGGCGUGGAUAUAGGCCAUUAACACUCCUAUAUUAUCUCGUAACUUAGUUGUGAGUCUUCCGAAUUUUUUUUAUAAAAAUAAUAUUUCUCAGCGAUCUCCCAUCGUGGAGAAACGAAAGCCUUGUUGGAUCUUAGUUCGUAACAUCAAGUUACCAGUAAGUGCAUAUUUCCUCACACUUACGUAAGUGUUUUUGUUAGUAAUGUAACUAAUAUACGUUUAAAACAAGAAAAAGAUAUUGGUACAUAGCCGCGGUGGGAUUUGAAUCUAUUGAUUACAGUUUUAAAGAGAGGUAUGUAUACCAGUGUUUGUCUUAUAUUCACAUGUCAUUUGAUAGAAAAUUAAAAAAUAAUUAAAAUAAUUUAUAGCCAUGGUAGGUUAGGUAUAUUUUGUACUGAUAAGUGGGUAUACAUAUAUGCUAUAUGUUGUAUAUACAUAUAGCUGUAUGUUGUUGUUUUAUGUUUUUUCUAUGGAGUCUAUGGCUACGUUCCUGAUGUAAUAUGUGAAUGCAAUCGAUGUUAGCGCAUAUAUUAAUAUAUGUGUGUAGUUAUACUAAAGAAAACAUAUCACUAGUUGUAUGGAAGCACUUUUAGGAGGUUAAAUUGAUGGUCGUUUUGCCAUAAAAUAGAAAUUAGUAUUUAAGUAAUUUUUCACAAGCAUAUACAUAUCAAUUUAAUGACGAAAUUCUUAAUUUUGUCUUUUAAAUUAUACAGGAAUAUUAUAAUUAAGGAAGGCUGGUUUCCAAAAAUAAGUUAUUUUAAGUAUGUAUUAUGUUUUUGAUUUUAUUCCAAUAACAAGUAUGAUUUAAGUUUUCAAAUACUUUUGUUACAAUUAGAAAAUAGUAUGUCAAACCUAUUUUUGGCGCCGUCCGGGGCACAGUAAUGUAUUUUUUAAAGCAUUUAUUAAUAUUAUCACUUUACUAGUCUAAUGAAUUCAAGUAAGGCAGUGUUUUUUCCUUUAAAUUAGUAAAGAAAUAAAUGAUUUUCUUGUUUGCAACGAUUUUAAUGAGAUAUGUGUUGACUUCCCCUACAUUUAUUAUGCCGGAUUUUUUUACAUGUAUUUCGGCACAUAUUGUUAACAUAUACAUAUUGUUAUUAUGUGUGUAUGCCUUUAUGACAAUGCUAUGUACGUAUAUGUAUAUUUUAUAAGCUACGACUAGAACUUUCGUAAUGUAAGGUUUUACGAGCUGAACUUUUAUUUAUAUAUCAAUGUGAUUAGUAAGGUAGUCAGCCUUAAUCUGAAUAAACAUAUUUUUUUAAUGG